AUAUUUUUUCACUAAUAUUUACGCACGCUAGCUAGACACAUAACAAGAACCUAGCAAUUCAGACCAGCUCACACUUUCAAGGUGCAGUUGCCCACUUUCAACUAUAAUAUCUCAACCAACACUCUCUUCUGUAUAGGCUUUCAUGGCUGAGGAGGAGCCUAAGAAGGUGGAAUCAGAAACCCCCUCGGAACCUCCACCUCCUGCUCCUGUACCUGAAGCUGUUGAACCUCCUAAAGACGUGGCUGAGGAGAAAUCUGUGAUUCCGCCGCCUCCGGAAAAGAAGGGCGAUGAGUCCCAAGCGCUUGUUGCUGUUGAAAAGGCUCCGGAGUCUGCUGAGGCUAAAAGUACUGAGGGUUCUGUGAAUCGAGAUGCCGUGCUUGCGAGGGUUGAAACAGAGAAAAGAAUGUCACUUAUUAAAGCAUGGGAAGAGAGUGAAAAGAGCAAAGCAGAGAACAAAGCUCACAAAAAGCUAUCCUCCGUCGUGUCAUGGGAGAACAGCAGGAAAGCGUCUGUGGAGGCUGAGUUGAAGCAAAUUGAGGAAAAAUUGGAGAAGAAGAAGGCAGAUUAUGUGGAAAAAAUGAAAAAUAAAAUAGCACUAAUUCACAAGGCAGCAGAUGAAAAAAGGGCAAUGAUUGAAGCUAAACGUGGGGAAGAUCUUCUGAAGGCAGAGGAGAUCGCAGCAAAGUAUCGUGCUACUGGAACUGCUCCAAAGAAGCUCCUUGGAUGUUUUUAGACAUAAAUACUCAGGUUUGAAUGAACAUUGUAUUGUUUGUGUAUUUAUUUGUGAGUUAUUUGUUAAUUUAGUAGUUUUUGUUUGCUCAUAGGAGAGGUUGGCCAAAUGUUCAAUUAAUGCGUGUUCAUGUUGA